GCAACUGUGGGGCAAAAAGAGUGCCCCAAGCCAAUGGAAAACUAUGUGGCAUCUAUGGUGCUGAGUGCCCUUGGAGACACACUGGGCUAUUACAACGGGAAAUGGGAAUUCCUGCAGAGUGGCCCUGACAUCCACAAAGAGCUGGCACAGAUGGGGGGGCUUGGCAACUUCAGCAUCCGGGGCUGGAAAGUCAGCGAUGAUACAGUGAUGCACCUGGCUACGGCUGAAGCCCUGGUAGCGGCUGGGAAAAAUCCAGAUUUAGCACAUCUGUAUUCCUUGCUGGCAAAGAACUACAAGGAGUGCAUGAAGGACAUGGAAGGCAGAGCUCCAGGGGUCACGUGUAAGGAGAACGCUCUGAAGCUGCAGCCGGAGAGGCCGGAUGGCUGGAGGAUCCCAUUCAGCGCCCAGGAAGGAGGCUGCGGCGCUGCCAUGCGCUCCAUGUGCAUUGGGCUGCGUUUCCCUCACCCAGAGCAGCUGGACACCCUGGUGCAAGUCAGCAUCGAGAGCGGGCGGAUGACCCACCACCAUCCCACCGGGUAUUUGGGCUCCCUGGCCUCGGCCCUCUUCACGGCCUUCGCAGUCAACAACAGACCGCUCGAGGCCUGGGGAAAGGGGCUGCUGGAAGUGCUGCCACGAGCCAAAGCCUACGUCAGGGAGGCCGGCUUCUUCGUGGAGGAGAACAUGAGGCAUUGGCAAUACUUUGAAGAACAGUGGAACAAAUACCUGAAGGAGCGGGGCAUAGCAGACGGCGUCUCCCCUCCCGCCUUCCCCUCAAAUUACGGCGUUGCGGAGAGAGACGCCUUCUACGCCUCGGUGAGCUACUCGGGCUGGGGGGGCAGCAGCGGGCACGACGCCCCCAUGAUCGCCUACGACGCGCUGCUGGGCGCCGGCGCCUCCUGGGCCGAGGCGGCGCACCCCAUGCUGCGAAAAAUAAAUGGCCAGAUUUGCCAGGAAGACGUCAAGGAAGACAACAAAAGGCCAUUUUUGGCAAACACUUUCUUCCGCCAGACAUAA